AUGCUCAAGAAGUUAUAUCUGCCCGUAGUAAGUUAAAUUAUAGGUCAUGUGACUGAUUAUGAAUCUUGUUAUGAACUCUUGUAUGAAUUAUGAACACUUGUGUGUGUGAAUGUGACAUAUAUUAACCUUUUGUCUCACUUCUCUUUGUGGCAAGAGCUGUACUGACAGAGCUCCUGAUCUUGGGCCAAGUGACACCCCUGCAAGCAAAGCGGAAGUGGGAGAAUCUAAAAAGAAAAUAUAAAGUAUGUGAAGGUUUUUAUGAUGCUGCUUAACAUUGAACAUUGGGUCAUGAAGAAUGUGUUGGUUCCCCCCCUGCAAGUUAUUAAACAGUUUUUCUUUUUCUCAGGAAUGCAAAGAGCCUCCCACAGGAGCUGGGGCAGGGGGAGCGGUGACAGCUGCCACUUGGCCCUGGUUCAUCCUCAUGGAUGAGAUGCUGGGGCAGAGGCCACCAAUAAACCCCCCACUACUGAUUGCCUCACUUCGAGAGGAUGAACCAGGGCCAAGUGGCACUGCACCUGCCAGGCAGCAGCAGCAGCAGCAGCAGGAGGAGGAGGAGGAGGAGGAGGAGGAUGGACCGGAUGCUGGCCUUACUCGGGAAAAUGGUUGA